AUGAAGGUUCCUCCUUUACAAUCUCAGCCUCUUCAUCUAUACCUAUCUCCUGCCCCCUCUCCUGCUCCCUCUCCUGCCCCCUCUCCUGCCCCCUCUCCUGCUCCCUCUCCUGCCCCCUCUCCUGCUCCCUCUCCUGCUCCCUCUCCUGCCCCCUCUCCUGCCCCCUCUCCUGCUCCCUCUCCUGCCCCCUCUCCUGCCCCCUCUCCUGCUCCCUCUCCUGCCCCCUCUCCUGCCCCCUCUCCUGCUCCCUCUCCUGCCCCCUCUCCUGCUCCCUCUCCUGCCCCCUCUCCUGCCCCCUCUCCUGCCCCCUCUCCUGCCCCCUCUCCUGCCCCCUCUCCUGCCCCCUCUCCUGCCUCUCCUGCCCCCUCUCCUGCCCCCUCUCCUGCUCCCUCUCCUGCUCCCUCUCCUGCUCCCUCUCCUGCCCCCCCUCCUGCCCCCUCUCCUGCUCCCUCUCCUGCCCCCUCUCCUGCUCCCUCUCCUGCCCCCUCUCCUGCUCCUGCUCCCUCUCCUGCUCCCUCUCCUGCCCCCUCUCCUGCUCCCUCUCCUGCUCCCUCUCCUGCUCCUGCUCCCUCUCCUGCCCCCUCUCCUGCUCCUGCUCCCUCUCCUGCUCCCUCUCCUGCUCCCUCUCCUGCUCCCUCUCCUGCCCCCUCUCCUGCUCCCUCUCCUGCCCCCUCUCCUGCCCCCUCUCCUGCUCCCUCUCCUGCUCCCUCUCCUGCCCCCUCUCCUGCCCCCUCUCCUGCCCCCUCUCCUGCUCCCUCUCCUGCUCCCUCUCCUGCCCCCUCUCCUGCCCCCUCUCCUGCCCCCUCUCCUGCUCCCUCUCCUGCCCCCUCUCCUGCCUCUCCUGCCCCCUCUCCUGCCCCCUCUCCUGCUCCCUCUCCUGCUCCCUCUCCUGCCCCCCCUCCUGCCCCCUCUCCUGCUCCCUCUCCUGCCCCCUCUCCUGCUCCCUCUCCUGCUCCCUCUCCUGCUCCCUCUCCUGCUCCCUCUCCUGCUCCUGCUCCCUCUCCUGCCCCCUCUCCUGCUCCUGCUCCCUCUCCUGCUCCCUCUCCUGCCCCCUCUCCUGCUCCCUCUCCUGCUCCCUCUCCUGCUCCUGCUCCCUCUCCUGCCCCCUCUCCUGCUCCUGCUCCCUCUCCUGCUCCCUCUCCUGCUCCCUCUCCUGCUCCCUCUCCUGCUCCCUCUCCUGCUCCUGCUCCCUCUCCUGCCCCCUCUCCUGCUCCUGCUCCCUCUCCUGCUCCCUCUCCUGCUCCCUCUCCUGCUCCCUCUCCCUCUCCUGCUCCCUCUCCUGCUCCCUCUCCUGCCCCCUCUCCUGCUCCCUCUCCUGCUCCCUCUCCUGCCCCCUCUCCUGCCUCUCCUGCUCCCUCUCCUGCCCCCUCUCCUGCUCCCUCUCCUGCUCCCUCUCCUGCUCCCUCUCCUGCCCCCUCUCCUGCUCCCUCUCCUGCCCCCUCUCCUGCUCCCUCUCCUGCUCCCUCUCCUGCCCCCUCUCCUGCCUCUCCUGCUCCCUCUCCUGCCCCCUCUCCUGCUCCCUCUCCUGCUCCCUCUCCUGCCCCCUCUCCUGCCCCCUCUCCUGCCCUGGACAACAAGUAA